GGAACUGGGCUGGCCAAGGUCCCACCUUGUCCAUAUCGUAUGUUGAACGAGCCCGUUCGCAAACUAUUCCACCCUGUUCACCCUUAUUCACCCACGACCGGCACUUAGGGGGUACCCUAAGAGGAACAGACGAUGGGCAAUGCAUCCCGGUCGGUCUAAAAUAAGGCUGAUGACUGAUAAACUCGAGCAAUUAGGUAAGGUCAAAUGCAGACGGAAUCACAUUGCCGAGACGAGCCAGAAAUGGGUGGCAAAAGAGGCCCGAAGCUGUCAAUCCAAAUUACGGCGUCGCAAUGCCACGCACGUACGAGUAUCAUAGACAAAACGAGAUGUUCAGGAGGAGCUGAAUAUACCAUUCAAACCGUCGGAAACGCCGGAGAAUCACGUCGUGAAGCCACAUCAAUAACCACCUUCAGCUUGUAACACUACACUUACUACAAACUUACCCUCUACCUAGGUAUAUAGUAAGGGUGAAGUGAAGUUGGACGUGCCGUUGCCUAGAAAUUUCGGCAACCGGAAAGAAUUGUGGUCAGGGACUCUGCGAAACAUGGCUAAGGAUCCAUAUCUAGGGCGUGUGAUUACGGCCUUCGAGGGCGGCAUCACCACACGUGUGAUCACCCACCCCUCUCAUCCCGACCGCGUAUUCGCCUACGAGGUGACAUUCCUGCUUCAACACCCACGUGUCAUUGCGGUGGCGUCGCAGAAGCCGCCGUUGCACUUUCACCCGCACCAGGAGGAGUACCUUCAAGUGCUCGAAGGACGCUUGGCGUUCGAGAUCGAAGGCAAGGAGCACAUUAUUAGUCCCGAGGAUGGAGAGGUUAGCGUCCGCCCGUGGACGAACCACAGGCUGUACUCGCCGGCGUCUAAGGGCACCGAGAGCGAUUCGAACGUGACGAGGUUCAUGCUUUCGGCUGAUAGCACGCCCGAGCUGUUCAGGCUUGAUACGGUCUUCUUUGAGAAUUGGUACGCCUACCAGGAUCAGAUCGUCGUAAAGGGAGAUAAGAUCGACUUGAUUCAGGUAAUGAGCAUGUUUGAUGCGGGCGGUUCUUACCUGUCGCUCCCAUGGUGGAUACCAUUCAGUAGGACGAUAGCACGAGGGUUGGGAAUUUUGGUAGGUAGAUGGAUAGGAGGUAUUCUGGGAUAUCGGCCAUUUCAUCGUAAAUGGACGACAGACUGGGAGUUUGCGUGCCGCAAGAUGGAAAACUCAAUCUUCCAAAGACGAUUUGCUGAUCGAUCCAAGACGGAGUAAAGUUUGUUCAAUACUCUCUAAAUUUAGCAGUGGCUCGAACAUGGCGCUCGCUUCACCCAUUCUGCAUGAGA